UUAGAAGGGGCUAUAACUUCUCUUUGCUAUUGCCCCCACUGUCAUCGUCAACAGGAAGCUCAUAAGGAAGUUUGCUUUCUUUCUUUCUUUUCUCAGAGCUCUCAGAUAACUGACUAGCCUACAAUUUAAGAUAUUGACAUUUAAAUGUUUGUGUUGCUCUUGUCUGGACUUCAGAUCAUACAUAACUCUUGGUGAACAGCUUUCAUCACUUACCAGACAAUUGACACACCCAACAUGAUUUCACAGAAGAGGAAGGAGACAAAAUAGUGACGUUCUUUCUGUAGUCCUCAGAUUGCACUUGUGGUGAGUGUUGUAAUGCUUUUCUGUGUGGUGAAAGACUAAUAUCUUCCUAUUUUAUUUCUCUGAAUACCGGUCAGACUGCAAACUUCCUCGACAAAGGGCCAGACAGAGCAUUGCCAAGGGCGUAGCAGCAAGAUACAAGGAGCCAUUUUCUGACAGGCCUCGAAGUCGAACAUGGCUGUGGAUAUGACUGCACUGUAACAGAGGAGGUGUUGCAGUCAAUUGUCUUUCAAAGGAUUUUGUAUUUCAUUUAUAUUCAGAAGAAGAGAAGGGAACAAUGAGUUUUGACCGAGUGCCAUCCAAGUCAGUGGUAAUGGACUGGAAUCCACACCAAUUGGCAGACUACAUGAAGAAGUUGAAUUUAAGUGGCUGCGAUAAAGUCAUUAUGAAAUGUAGCAUAAAUGGACAAAGGUUCUUGAACAUGACUGAAAAUGACCAUCAGAAAUUCCCCAAAAUCCAUGCGCCACUCAUCUCCAAAAUCUGCAGUGAAAUCAACAGGAAAGAAGAAAAAAGGAGAUUCUUUACUAAAAGAACUGCAGCACCAAAAUAUGAGCCAGCUAUGCCACAAGAGGAUCAGCCCUGGGGACCGGAUGAAUUUGAUGAGGGGAGUGACGAAGACUAUGAGAAUCCAGAUGCUGAGGAAGAUGAUGGCAGUGGGGGAGAUUAUGAGUCACCAACAGAGGAUGUUGGACUUGAGGAUAGUGACAACGGCUAUGAGUCACCUCCGUCUGAGGCGCCUGAAGAAAUUCCCCAUCAGCUCCGUGCUGCCAAGCCCAUGGCUGACGGAGAAUACAUUGAUAGUACACCGCACCGCAAUACAGCUAGAAGCCACCCUCCUCCAACAACUCAACGCCCUGGGGCUGGUCCUCCAAUCCCCUCUGCCAGUCACCCUAGUCUACUGCAGCCUCCCCCACCCAGAAGAGAGCAAUCUCCCCAGCACCCUGGCAGAAUAACUGGCAAGUUGCCUGCUACUUCCUCAAAUGCUGCCCCCGCUCCACCAGUUGACCGCAGAAGAAAGCCCACCAAACUGGAUCGCACAAGACUUGCUGAAUCUCCAAUACCAGCAACGAAGUUAAACACAACUAACAUGCCUGCUCCACAUUCAUGGAGGCCUCAGGCAGAAGAGAGGGGUCCAGACCCUCCCAGAAUGCCCAAACCUCCCCUCCCUGUGUCAAGUAGUGUCAGCAGGAGCAGCUCGUCGGUCGGCAGAGCCCCGCUGACCAACAACAGAUAUGUGCCUGAUGCAAGAAAUGAGAUAAAGGUACAAGAUGAUGUGCCCAUGCCCAAACCAUACAACUCCAACACAUUUCCUAGACCAGGGCACCCUAGAGCAGUGCUCCCCGGACUAUCCUUACAUUCAGACGGCUUUCCUCCUAAUAUCGCUUCAACUGCAUCUCUUCCUUCAAAACUGCAGGCACUGCAGGCAUCCAUCUCACCCAGGAGCAGUUCUAGGAUUGUGCCAGACAGACACAUUAUGCCCCCUCCGCCACCUAUGCAAGCUUCUAUCCCCCCACUGACAGACCUAGAGGAUGAACAGGACCUGAACCCUCAGUGGUAUGUUGGUCAGGUGACACGGGGUCAAGCGGAGGGCUGUCUCAGACAGGUCAACAUGGACGGUGCAUUUCUGGUACGGGACAGUUCGAAACGGUCGUCCAUUCAGCCCUAUACACUCAUGGUACUCUAUCAGGACAAAGUUUACAACAUCCAGAUCCGCUGUGAACAGAAUGAGUUUCUGCUGGGGACUGGUCUGAAGGUCUCAGAGACCUAUCCGAUGGUGGCACACAUCAUCGCUCAUUACAGACAGUCACCUCUUCUGCUGAUUGAUGCUAAGAACCGUGGAUCAGGGCAGCAGAGCCAGUGUCCCCUGAUCUACCCAGCAGGUGGAGCACUAGCAAGUCUCUACCCGUCCUUUUAACAGACAGCAGAGCCCGUGUCCCCUGAUCUACCCAGCAGGUGGAGCACUAGCAAGUCUCUACCCGUCCUUUUAACAGACAGCAGAGCCAGUGUGCCCUGAUCUACCCAGCAGGUGGAGCACUAGCAAGUCUCUACCCGUCCUUUUAACAGACAGCAGAGCCAGUGUCCCCUGAUCUACCCAGCAGGUGGAGCACUAGCAAGUCUCUACCCGUCCAUUUAACAGACAGCAGAGCCCGUGUCCCCUGAUCUACCCAGCAGGUGGAGCACUAGCAAGUCUCUACCCGUCCAUUUAACAGACAGCAGAGCCAGUGUCCCCUGAUCUACCCAGCAGGUGGAGCACUAGCAAGUCUCUACCCGUCCAUUUAACAGACAGCAGAGCCAGUGUCCCCUGAUCUACCCAGCAGGUGGAGCACUAGCAAGUCUCUACCCGUCCAUUUAACAGACAGCAGAGCCAGUGUCCCCUGAUCUACCCAGCAGGUGGAGCACUAGCAAGUCUCUACCCGUCCAUUUAACAGACAGCAGAGCCAGUGUCCCCUGAUCUACCCAGCAGGUGGAGCACUAGCAAGUCUCUACCCAUCGUUUUAACAGACAGCAGAGCCCGUGUCCCCUGAUCUACCCAGCAGGUGGAGCACUAGCAAGUCUCUACCCGUCCAUUUAACAGACAGCAGAGCCAGUGUCCCCUGAUCUACCCAGCAGGUGGAGCACUAGCAAGUCUCUACCCGUCCAUUUAACAGACAGCAGAGCCAGUGUCCCCUGAUCUACCCAGCAGGUGGAGCACUAGCAAGUCUCUACCCAUCGUUUUAACAGACAGCAGAGCCAGUGUCCCCUGAUCUACCCAGCAGGUGGAGCACUAGCAAGUCUCUACCCGUCCAUUUAACAGACAGCAGAGCCAGUGUCCCCUGAUCUACCCAGCAGGUGGAGCACUAGCAAGUCUCUACCCGUCCAUUUAACAGACAGCAGAGCCAGUGUCCCCUGAUCUACCCAGCAGGUGGAGCACUAGCAAGUCUCUACCCGUCCAUUUAACAGACAGCAGAGCCAGUGUCCCCUGAUCUACCCAGCAGGUGGAGCACUAGCAAGUCUCUACCCGUCCAUUUAACAGACAGCAGAGCCAGUGUCCCCUGAUCUACCCAGCAGGUGGAGCACUAGCAAGUCUCUACCCGUCCAUUUAACAGACAGCAGAGCCAGUGUCCCCUGAUCUACCCAGCAGGUGGAGCACUAGCAAGUCUCUACCCAUCGUUUUAACAGACAGCAGAGCCCGUGUCCCCUGAUCUACCCAGCAGGUGGAGCACUAGCAAGUCUCUACCCAUCCUUUUAACAGACAGCUGGGGGAGUGAUAACAAUAACAUGGAGCAAUAGUCAAGAUUCACAGUGGUUUUAAAGGACUGCCACUCACAUUAUGGGUGGAAGGACUUAUGCAACCUUUGAAUUGCAGUUCAUAGUCUUUUACAUGUAAGGUAAUUUCAUAUAAAGACAAGUGACUCUUGGAUUGAGAUGGUAGGUACGGUACAUCUCUGUCAACGGUUCACUGUAUGGACCUCAGAAAGAAGUCCAUAUACACAAUACUAUUCAUAGUUUUUGUCUCAAUGUGUAUUUUUUAAAUUCCAGUAUUGAAAGCACAGAAGCUGAACAUGUCCUUGUGAGUAGUUACAUAAAUGCUUGUGUUUGCUCUUUGUUAUUUUCCUGUUACAUGCAAUGGAAAGGUCUAGAAUAGCAGCUAGCUCUGCAAUAAAUCAGAAGCAGCAUACAUUAUCCUAGUAAGGAAAUAGUGGGGUCAACAGUCAGUCACAACUGCUGAGCUAAUAUGGAUUUUGUUUCAAUUUCCUGCAUUGUUUAAUGGUUAAAUUAAAACUAUAUUCUUUAAUCUCUCACACUGUAUGUUCUAUAACAUAGCUAUUAUCAAUGUUUCAAAUAAACUUUUGCAUUUUUAAAAAAUU